AUGUACCCAACGGAUAAUUUAAAACAUGGACUCAAAAUAAAUCCGUUCAUCAAAGAAAAUAUGUUGAAAACUAUACAGAAUCUGUGUUACAACAAUUCGAGCGCGAGCAAUUUCAACAUGACCUCCCCGUUCUUGGUGGACAACAUUUUGCACCAGCAGAAAACCGUGAACUUCCACAAUCAAUAUUUGAAUCAGCAGCUGGAGAAUUACGUCCUGCAGCGUUCGAAUUUCGAACGUUCGAGAGACAAUUCGCCGGAAGUGGACGAAACGAAAAUGACUGAGAAUGACGAGGAAGUUCGCAAUGAUGAAGCGACAGAUAAAAAUGACGAUGAAGAUUCCAAAAGCAACGAAGACGAUGGCUUCAUAAAGAACGAGGCUGUGUAUUACAAUCACGAGUAUUAUAGAAACGAGGAACGUGAAAAGGAGGUUUUAAACAUACCGUCUUUGAAUCGCCGCUGUCACUGCGGCUCCUUCGAUUGCCCACCGUACGCUUGCAAGAAAUCCGGCAUACGCCGCUUAGAGGAAUUAGAGAAACGCUUCAAUCUACACAGCUAUCAAGACAACUCGGGCGACGAGGAUGUGCGGGAGAAGACGGAGGACAUGGUUAAAAACUGUGACGAUUAUAACGAACCGAAAAAGCCCUUGUUGAAAUUCAGUGUCAGUGCCAUUUUGGGUGAGGAGAGAGAUGCCGCCAAGAGCAGCGUUAAUGACUACCGACAACCAAUGGUCAACCCGUGGCCCAUAGCGAAGCCGAUAGCAAGUAGACCGAUACCAGUACAGCAUCAGCACUUGCAGCAUCUGCUGGCGCAUUGUCAUCACCCAUAUUUAGUAAGGCCCUCUCAAGCACAUACCCAGGUGUUUCCCCUCCCAGGCGGAUUUCCAUGGGCCCACAGUUCCAGAGGUAAACCUCGACGUGGUAUGAUGCGGCGAGCGGUAUUCUCAGAUCUCCAAAGGAAAGGAUUAGAAAAGAGGUUUCAAGUGCAAAAAUAUAUCUCCAAGCCGGACAGGAAGAAGCUGGCCGAGAAACUGGGUCUCAAGGACAGUCAGGUAAAAAUCUGGUUCCAAAACCGGCGCAUGAAAUGGCGGAACUCGAAAGAGCGGGAACUGCUCGCGUCCGGCGGGUCCCGGGAACAAACGCUGCCGAACAAAAAUAACCCGCACCCGGACCUGUCUGACGCGGAGGCCGACAAACCGAAGCUGUCACCUUCGCCCGUCAACGAGGACGACGAUUUAAAAAACAAAAUGUUCGCGUCGACGUCGAGCUGUCAAAGUGACAGCUACAGAUACGACGACAAGAUGGCGGCGGGGCUGUUCGCGCGCGAGAACUUUCAGAACAUGGAGGAAGGCGAUGACUACGAGACGGACGCUAGCGCUUCAGACGAAGAGAUAAAUGUGACAUGA